AUAAAAAGUCCAUUAAGCACUGAAGGCUGAGAGGUUGUGUUGUCAUCUGCUUGAUAGGGUCUUUUGUCUUUCAACUUGACUUUGGACUCCAGCCGCGUCCUGACCCCCCCUACCCCUGUCUGUGGUGGACUGCAGCCAAAUGCUGCAGCCUGGAGGAGCGCGGCAAGAACAUGGACGGCUUCCCCGGGGGCAACUUUGCGCCAAGCCAGUGCAGGAAUUUGUUGGCGCAUCCCACCUCGUUGGCUCCGAGCACCGCCUACGCCAGCAGCGACGUGCCCGUGUCCGGUGUAGGGGAGCCGGGGAAACAAUGCAGCCCGUGUUCCGCCACGCAGAGCUCCCCCAACGCGUCACUCCCUUAUGGAUACUUUGGCAGCGGUUACUACCCGUGCAGGAUGCCCCACGGCGGCGUCAAGGCCUGCGCUCAGCCCCCGUCCUUCGGUGACAAGUACGUGGAGUCCUCCGUGCCCGGCGAGGACUUCUCCAACCGGGCCAAAGAGUUUACAUUUUACCAAGGCUACUCCCCGGCUCCGUACCAGGGAGGGUACUUGGACAUGCCCGUGGUCCCCGCGUUGAGUGCGCCAUCUGAGCCGAGACACGACCCCCUCCUGCCCAUGGAGCCCUACCAGCCUUGGUCCAUCACCACCAACGGCUGGACUGGCCAGGUUUACUGCAGCAAGGAGCAGUCCCAGGCCCCCCUGUGGAAGUCCUCUUUGCAAGACAACACAUCUGGAGGAUGUGGAGAUUCCCAAGUGCGCCGUGGAAGGAAGAAGCGUGUCCCAUACACCAAAGUGCAGCUGAAGGAACUGGAAAGGGAGUACGCCACCAAUAAAUUCAUCACCAAGGACAAAAGGAGGAGAAUUUCCGCCCAAACCAACCUGACGGAGAGACAAGUGACAAUUUGGUUUCAGAACCGGCGCGUAAAGGAGAAGAAAGUCGUCAAUAAAUUCAAAAGCUCCUGUUAGCUCCUCGUCGAAUUUGGACACGGACGUGCCUUGAUCACAAAUAAACUGAAUUAUAAUUUAUUACCUUAAAUUGUGUCGCCAGUGUGCCUCCUUUUCCACCCCCCUCCUCCCCACCCCACUCUGGUUUUCUUCAUUGCGCGUUUUAAUUGGAAGCAGUCCACGGGGAGCGUUGACAGAAGCUCGGAACUUUGAGUUCAGCCGAGCCAGCAUAAACUUCCACUUUUUUUUUCAUCGAAAUCACUGCCUUGUCACGCACGACAUCUUUUACUGGUCUUUUAAUUCAAUCCCAUUGGUUGCAUGAAUGUCACCGGAAAUGUGGCUAAGUUGUAUUUCAAUCAACAAACAUGUCACAAACAGGCCUUUGAGAUCAAUUUAUAUUUAGUUAACAAUGAAUCAGGCUGAAAAAAAUCAUAUUAAUUCCCAAUUUAUCAACAGUAUCUUCUUAUUGAUUUGUAUUUCUUUCGUUUGUCAGUUCAUGUCAUUUUUUUAAAAUAAUGAAUAUCCUGGUU